AUGGACUUCAGGGCGUGGGGUGCUUGCGUCCUCUGCUUGCUGAGUCCGCUACCCGUCGCACUGGGCCUUGUGUCCCCAGCGUGUGACCUCAUCAGCCAGCUGAGGGAGGACGAGAGUGCGUGUCUGCAAGCAGCAGAGGGGAUGAGCAAUGCCACCCUGGACGCCACCCUGGGCUGCCCCUCGACCUGGGACGGGCUGCUGUGCUGGCCGGAGGCGGGCCCUGGCGAGUGGGUGACUCUCCCCUGCCCGGACUUCUUCUCUCACGACAGCACAGAGCCAGGGGCGGUGAGGCGGAACUGUACCACCGCAGGCUGGUCCGAGCCCUUCCCUCCGUAUCUCGUGGCCUGCCCCGUGCCCCUGGAGCCGCCGACCGAAGAAGAGAUAUCGUACUUCUUCACAAUGAAGGUCAUCUACACCGUAGGACACGGCGUCUCGAGUGCGUCCCUCGUGGUGGCCAUCGCCAUCCUGGUCACUCUCAGGAGGCUCCACUGCCCCCGGAACUACAUCCACGUCCAGCUGUUCGCCACCUUCAUCCUCAAGGCGGGAGCUGUGUUCCUGAUGGACGCCGCCCUCUUCCACGGCGAGAACGUGGACCACUGCGGCUUGUCCACUGUUCUGUGCAAGGUCUCUGUGGUUGCCUCCCAUUUUGCCACCAUGACCAACUUCAGCUGGCUGUCGGCGGAAGCCGUCUACCUGACCUGCCUCUUGGCCUCCACGUCGCCUGGCACCAGGACGGCCUUCCGACGGCUGGUCCUCGCCGCCUGGGGGAUCCCCCUGCUCUUCACUGGCUCAUGGGUGGGUUGCAAGUUGGCCUUCGAGGAUGUUGGGUGCUGGGACCUGGACAGCAGCUCCCCCUACUGGUGGAUCAUCAAAGGGCCCAUCGUCCUGUCUGUUGGGGUGAACUUUGGGCUUUUCCUCAACAUUAUCCGCAUCCUGCUGAGGAAGCUGGGGCCAGCUCAGGGUGGCCUCCACGCCCAGUCUCAGUACUGGCGUCUCUCCAAGUCGACGCUCCUCCUCAUCCCGCUGUUCGGAGUUCACUACAUCAUCUUCAACUUCCUGCCCGACAGUGCUGGCCUGGGCAUCCGCCUCCCGCUGGAGCUGGGGCUGGGCUCCUUUCAGGGCUUCAUUGUUGCCGUCCUGUACUGCUUCCUCAACCAAGAGGUGAGGGCGGAGAUCUCACGGAGAUGGCAUGGCCAUAACCCCGAGCUGCUGCCAGCCCGGAGGGCCCACGCCAGGUGGACAAUGCCUUUCCGCUCAGGGACUAAGGUGCCAACGUCUGUGUGCUAG